CUGUCUUGUCCAUGUUAUUUUGGCAAAAAGAAUUGACGUGUUUGUUUCACUCAAAGAAUUUGAUAUUCACGGUUGACGAGUAAAUUGCGCUGAUUUUAUACAAUAACGUAGUUUUUAAUUAAGUGUAAGAUUUUUAAGUAGCGGAAAUGUUACAUUUAAAGCAUCUAGGGUUAUUAUUCUUCAUCGCCGGGUCGUAUGCCCUUUACGACUCCUCUUCAGACGUAGUACAAUUAACACCAAGUAAUUUUGAAAAACUAGUUACGAAUUCAGAUGAAUUGUGGAUAGUCGAAUUUUUUGCACCCUGGUGCGGGCAUUGUAAGAAUCUUGUCCCGGAGUAUAAGAAGGCAGCUAGGGCACUAAAGGGAAUUGUUAAAAUGGGUGCUGUAGAUGCUGACCAAUACAAGGAAUUGGGACAGAAAUAUGGCGUCAGUGGAUUCCCUACUAUCAAAAUUUUCACUGGCAGCAAACACACUCCUUACCAAGGACAGAGAACAGCAGAAUCCUUUGUAGAUGCAGCGCUAAAGGCAGCCAAAGAUAAAGCUUAUGAUAAUCUGGGCAAGAAAUCCAGUGGAUCCAGUUCAGACAAGUCCGAUGUUAUCACACUUACCGACAGCAACUUUAAAGAGCUGGUGCUUGACAGCGAAGACAUGUGGUUGGUAGAAUUCUUUGCGCCCUGGUGCGGUCACUGCAAGAACCUAGAACCACAGUGGGCUAAGGCAGCCACUGAGCUUAAAGGAAAGGUGAAGCUCGGUGCCCUAGACGCGACCGUCCACCAAAUGAUGGCCUCCCGUUACCAAGUGCAAGGUUACCCAACCAUCAAAUUCUUCCCGGGUGGCAAGAAGACCAGUGACUCGGUGGAAGACUACAACGGAGGCAGGACAUCCAGCGACAUUGUGACCUGGGCGCUGGAGAAAUUGGCUGAAAAUGUACCGGCUCCAGACGUUGUUCAGGUGAUAAACGAGGACACGAUGAAGGCGUGCAGCGAAAAGCCGCUGUGCGUGGUGUCGGUGCUGCCGCACAUACUCGACUGCAACGCGGCCUGCAGGAACGACUACAUUGCCAUACUGAAGACGCUCGGCGAGAAGUAUAAGGCGAAGAUGUGGGGUUGGGUCUGGUCGGAAGCCGGUGCGCAAGAGGACUUAGAGAAAGCGUUGGAGCUCGGCGGGUUCGGUUACCCGGCUAUGGCGGUGGUCAACGCGAAGAAACUCAAGUUCUCAACACUGAGAGGAUCCUUCUCGAGCAGUGGCAUUAAUGAGUUUUUAAGGGAUCUGUCGUUCGGUCGAGGUCAAACAGCACCAGUGCGUGGAGCAGAAAUGCCCAAGAUUGUUAGCACCGAGCCCUGGGACGGCAAGGACGGAGAACUGCCACCUGAAGAAGACAUUGAUCUCUCUGAUGUGGACCUUGAGAAGGACGAACUAUAGUGUCCCAGACUGAAACGCUAGACUAGAACUGUUAGUGUAAGCUUUUUGAUAAUUCUGUCAUUUUAAAAAGGAGCAUCAUCCUGUAAUAGACUAAAAAUUUUUUACUUAAUUUUUGUGAUACAAAACUUACAUCGUUAAUAGCUGUUAAAUUAAAAGAAUUUUAUUUUUUUAUUACACAGUACAAGAUUGUAAUAUUCGUACUGCCCGCAUCUUGAAUAAAUGUGUAAUGUUCAAAUAACUGUUUUAGAUUAAAUUAGAUGCAUAGGUGAAAACUGCCAAUGUUUUAUAUUAAUUUAUAACAGUGUCACAUAUCUUAUUAAUUGAUUCCAUAGAAGUAAUAAGCAUAGAAUAUUUAAUAAUAAAUCAAUUGUUUGUACAAUAUAGUAAGUUUAGUUUUAAAAUUAUAUUUUUAAAAUUAUAGAUUCUCUAUAAUUCAUUUUGACCAGUGAUCAUAUUAAAUACAAGAUAUAAAUAAAAUUGUGUAGACAUCACAGUAGCCCUUUUAUUGAUGAUAUUUUUUAAUGAUAACUACAGCUUCCAUUGUGUGAUUAAUAUUUGCAUU